AUGGCUGCGGAUGCUGAAUUUCCGAUGACAUUCGACCUCCAGUUCUCCGCUCCUCAACGACAGUCGCUCUGUGUACUUUUCCUUUGUAAGCAAUAUACUCAUCAUGCUGCCGUCCCAGGCAGCGGUGAGGAAUUUCAGAUAGAUGAAUCUCAGUUACUUUUAUACGCGAGGCCAAAGCCUCCACGGAUAAAUGCCAUGUACUCACAUUGCAAAUGGCGCAUUCUUCAGCGUUUCUGCCUGGCUGGCUGUUGUAACUGCAUGAUGCUAAAAGCAACAUCAGUUGCGCAUGAUCGACUGAGGCGAGGGCAAAAAGUAUGA